UCGCGCAACGGCCAGCGUCCCUUCCUUGGCUUGGCUCCCCCAUUAAACAAUUCCGUUUAUAAGGUCAAGCAGCGCCGCCAGUGGCUAUGACUUCAGCUCUCCGGCGAAAGGCGGCGCAGAUGGCUUCUGCGGCGGCGGGGACGGGGUACUACUGCUCGCAGACGUCGUGGGCGCUGCGGCGCCUUGGCGGGGCCGCCCUCCCCUCGGCGGCGGCGGCGGCUCCCCGCCGGAGGACCUUCUCGGUCUCCGCGGCCGCCGGCUUCGACAACCAGAACCGCGAGUACGUCAUCGUGGGCGGCGGGAACGCGGCGGGGUACGCGGCCAGGACGUUCGUCGAGCAUGGCAUGGCUGACGGCCGCCUCUGCAUCGUCUCCAAAGAGGCUGUUCCGCCAUAUGAGCGACCGGCAUUGACCAAAGGCUACCUGUUUCCUCCGGAAAAGAAGCCAGCGCGCCUACCUGGAUUCCAUACCUGCGUUGGAUCUGGUGGCCAGAGGCAGACUGCCGAAUGGUACAAGGAGAAUGGCAUUGAGGUGCUGUAUGAAGAUCCAGUUGAAGCAUUUGAUGGCAAAACACAAACCUUGAAAACCUCAUCAGGGAAAAUCCUCAAGUAUGGAUCGCUUAUUAUCUCUACAGGUUGUGCAGCUGCAAGAUUACCCGAGAAAAUCGGAGGAAACUUACCGGGAGUUCACUAUAUACGUGAUGUUGCUGAUGCUGAUUCUCUAGUAUCUUCAUUGGGAAACGCAAAGAAAAUUGUUGUUAUUGGUGGGGGCUACAUUGGCAUGGAGGUGGCUGCAGCAGCUUGUGGCUGGAAUCUUGACACAACUAUUAUAUUCCCUGAAGAUCAUAUAAUGCCAAGAUUGUUUACGCCUUCCCUUGCUAAGAAGUAUGAGGAACUGUAUGAGCAAAAUGGUGUCAAAUUUGUAAAGGGAGCUCUUAUUGACAAACUUGAUGCUGGCUCUGAUGGAAGGGUGUCUUCUGCUGUACUUCAAGAUGGUUCUGUUGUUGAAGCUGACACGGUUAUUGUUGGUAUAGGAGCAAAACCAGCUGUCAGCCCCUUUGAAGCGGUUGGAGUCAACAAUGAAGUUGGUGGCAUAGAGGUUGAUUCCAUGUUUAGAACAAGUAUACCUAGCAUAUUUGCUAUUGGAGAUGUGGCAGCUUUCCCCCUCAAGAUGUACAAUAGAAUUGCUCGAGUGGAGCAUGUGGAUCAUGCUAGGAAGUCUGCGCACCACUGUAUUGAAACACUCUUAACAUCCCAGGCAAAAGCGUAUGACUACCUUCCGUACUUCUAUUCUCGAGUUUUUGAGUACGAAGGAAGCUCGAGGAAAAUCUGGUGGCAAUUUUAUGGAGAUAAUGUUGGUGAAACAGUUGAAGUAGGGAACUUUGAUCCUAAGAUCGCUACCUUCUGGAUUGACUCUGAUAGUCGACUGAAGGGUGUUUUCCUUGAGAGUGGAACCUCAGAGGAAUUUGCACUUCUUCCAAAGCUUGCGAGAUCACAACCCAUCGUCGACAAAGCUAAGCUCAAGAGUGCGAGUUCAGUUGAAGACGCAUUAGAGAUUGCAAGCAGCUCUCUUUAGUCUGAAUCUUCAGUUUAACUAGUUCUCAGCACAUAUGGCAUCUUAAGUUCGGGACUGCAGCUUCUUUUGAAAAGUCAGGACCAUGGUGACAAUAAUGCGGCCCCAGUAUUCAUUCCCUGUGGGGUUUGUAAUUUUCUUUGAUGCAUCCAUGACCGCCUUUUUCCAGCUUGGCACAAACUUUGAACACCUUCGGAGGGUUUGAGAGGAUAUGGAGUCAGAACCGUUUGAACAUUGGAUGUAUAAACUAUAGGUGCAGUAAAGAAACUUAUAUAAUUAUCAGCCACUUUCUAGCUCGAAAUAAACUUUGAUCUCCACUGAGGGAUUAAGGAGGAUAUGAUGGAAUGGGGACAUUUUCUUUUGCA